GGCUUUACACUACUCCAUCUUGCUGUUAGAGCCGGUCGUGUAGAAAUGAUCCAGCUCCUACUGAAACAUGGUGCCGAUAUCGAAUCGGAGGCCCAACCUGGCUAUACACCACUUCGUUACGCAAUUAUAGGUGGACAACAAGCCAUUGUCCGGCUGUUGCUAGACCACGGGGCCGAUGUCAAAUCCAGGGAUCGAGACGAAAACGGCGAGACGCCGCUCCAUUAUGCAACCCUGACAGACCAUCUCGGCGCGGCCCGGCUGCUCCUCGAGUAUGGCGCGCAUGCUGAAUUCAAAGACGCGCAUGGCAGGACGCCGCUU